AUGGGUAUUCGUUUCCUCUUUCUCAUAUCAAGACAAGGCAAAACAAGAUUAUCCAAAUGGUACGAAACCAUGCCGCAGAAACAAAAGACCAAGAUUAUGAGGGAGUUAUCUACCAUUAUACUCUCGAGAAGAGCCAAAAUGUGCAACGUAUUGGAAUAUAGAGACUCAAAGGUCAUUUAUCGUCGAUAUGCCUCGUUAUUCUUUGUCAUUGGUGUAGAUAAUGAUGAUAACGAGUUGCUCGGGCUAGAAAUUAUACAUCGAUUUGUUGAACAGAUGGAUAAGAUAUAUGGCAACGUUUGUGAAUUGGACAUUAUAUUCGGGUUCGAUAAGGCGUACCACGUGCUUGAUGAACUAUUGAUCGAUGGACAUAUUCAAGAAAGUUCAAAGAAAGAGGUUUUGAAAAGAGUGAGCCAGCAGGAUGAGUUGGAGAACAUGGAUGAGUUUGAAAAAAUUCUUGUUUGA